AUGUCCGGUCGCAGUAGCAAGACUCGCGCCAUGGCCAAGACCGGCUCCUCCCGGGCCGGCCUGCAGUUCCCCGUGGGUCGCUUGCACCGCCUGCUCCGCAAGGGCAACUACUCGGAGCGCGUGGGCGCCGGCGCCCCGGUGUACCUGGCGGCCGUGCUGGAGUACCUGACGGCCGAGAUCCUGGAGCUGGCGGGCAACGUGGCCUGCGACAAGAAGACGCGCAUCAUCCCGCGUCACCUGCAGCUGGCCAUCCGCAACGACGAGGAGCUCAACAAACUUCUGGGCUGCUUGACUAUUGCGCAGGGCGGCGUCCUGCCCAAAAUCCAGGCCGUGCUGCUGCCCAAGAAGACUUGA